AUGUAUCAGCCGGUCGCAGUUCAGCAGAUGCAGCCUCCCAUGCAGACCAUGUUCGUUCCGGCGAUGCAGCCGCAGCCGCAGAUGAUGGUGACAAUGCAGUCCCCUCCUCCUCCUCCUCCUCCUCCUCAAGCUCCUGCUCCGAUGUACUCUACCCAGGCGGCACCUCAAGUUCAGUAUGUCACCUCUACUUCUGCCAUGCCCCAGCAGUACGUUCAGUCGUAUGUUGAGGUGGCACAACCUCAGUACCAGGUUGUGCAGGAACCGGCAGUGCAGUACGUGCAGCAGGCCCCAGUCACUCAGUACGUGCAGAGCACAACUCCCGUGCAGUAUGUCCAGCAGUCAGCUCCGAUGCAGCAGUUCGAACAGAGCUAUGCCUAUGUUGUGAGUCGUCCUUUCUCUCUCUCUCUCUCCAUGCAGCAGCAGCCCCAGCAGCAGUACGUGUACGCUCAGCAGGCCCCCGUGACUCAGUACGUGGUCCAACAACCUGUCUAUGAGCAGCAGUACAUCGCACAGGAAUCGCAGCCCCCCAACCAGGGCUAUUCGUAUGGGUACCAGCAGCAGCAGGUGCAGGAGCAGUAUGCUCAACCCAACGCCUGGAGCGCUCCUCCCUCCCAGCAAUUCCCCGGUCAGCCUCCCAUGGGAGAGUAUGGAACGCAGAUGUGA